AGCGGUAGCGGCGGUCCUGCGAGUGUCCUCGAAAGGUAACUUGAACGUAUGACAAUUCACCUGUGCGCUGUUCACUCUAUGCCGACCGCGGAACAUUCUUUAAUAUUGGUGAAGUUUAAAUCCCAGGGAAAUUAAGUUGAGUAUGCACGUAGGUCAGUAGUUUAUAACCGGCUAGCUGUUAGCCGCUCCUUUCAGGGACUUACGCAAAGCCAUAAAGGGCAAAGAGGUAAAGCAGGGCAGCCGCAGCUACAGUCAAAGUAAUGUAAUUCGUCCGGGUAGCUUGGCUGUCUGCUCCGUUGGUCGGGCGUCCCUACAGACACAGUCGGCCGUGUCUGAGGAUGGGAUGUGGGUAUGUGCCCUGGUCGCUGCACUUCGCGCGUCCUCUGGUCGGUCGGGGGGACUGGGGGGAAUAGCGCGAGCCUCCCAAGCGCUGCGUCCCCCUGCCGAAACUCCUCACUGUCAGGUGUAAAGAAGCGGCUGGCGACUCCACGUAUAUCGGAGGAGACGUGGUAGUCCGCAGCCCUCCCUGGAUCGGCAGAGGGGGUUGGAGCAGCCACCGGGACAGGUGGGGUCAGGUGGGGGCACUGGACUUGGACAAUGGCUUUAAAGCUGACCCAGAAACUUCAGCUUCUUGGGAAGACUGGGAAACACCUGUAUCCUCAUCUCAGACUAGGAUUCCCCACUGGUAUCCUGAGCCAUAAAAGUCUGGGGGAGCCCCUCUGCGUGGCAUGUUUGUGGACCUCUGCUAGCCACUGCAUCCAGAUGCGGGGCUGCCUUAAGCUUCAGCUGGACUGUGGGAAGAUGUGCCUUUCCAGCGUUGUCAGGGACCCGAUGUUCCUCACUACUGGUUCUGUCGGACUCCAUGGAGAAUCUGUUCUUAGGUUUCGUUUGAGCCAGCAACACAGGCCCACGGAAGCAGAGGAGCAGGCUUUCCUGGAUCGGCUGAAGAGCUGCUCUACUUCCCGGCAGGUUCUCAGACUGCUGUGCUCUGUGGGGCUCAUCUCUGACAUCAUGGCGGCAUCAGUACUGCACCGUGUGGCCGACCUGGAGCAGCAGGGCUUCUCACUGAGGGACCCCACAGUGCUGGAAAAAGACACUAUCAGGGCCUUGUGCUUCCAGCUUGAGGGGGACUCUGUCCACUUGACAGAUGCCGGACUGGUUUCAGCUCUGCUGGGCUGCACUCGCCUCUUCUUGGAUCCUUGGAGCACCCUGGUCGUGCGACUGGUAACUGAGAGCCAGGAGAGGCUUGACAGGGGGCAGAUGAGUAUGGGGCAGCUGUGUAUGUUGGGGAAGGCAAUGUUGGCACUGGAGGGCCCUGGCUGUGGGAUGUUGGAGCAGGUGAUGACGCAAAUACAAAAAUGGGAGCCUGCCCAGUGGUGCCUGGCAGACCUUGUUGCCGUGUAUAAACUGUUGUGUGAUGGAGUGGGUGAAGGUGGAUGCUAUCAAGGCCUCCUUAACACUAUGCACACCCACGCUGUGUCCAUCACCUACUCUAUGGACCCUACAGCCAUCAGUGAAAUACUCAGUGCCCUGGUGAAACUGAAACAGACUCAAGUGAUGCCCCUCGUGAUCAGCCUGUGCAAGCAGGCUGUAAGACAUGUGCCCCACUUCAGAGAUGAGGAGCUGAUGCUUGUGCUUGGAGCACUCAUUCACUUUGGUCACAGUGACAGUCAUUUUGUGACGGCCCUGACAAGGCACACACCCAAGACGGCUUUUACUUCACACCCAGAGACCAUCACCAAGGUGAUACAGUACUUUGGGCGGAGGAACAUCCUGUCCUUGCCAGUGUUUGACGCUGUGGCUGAGAGCUUUGUGUACCGAGCAGACGACUACGACACCAGCCAGGUGGCCAGGCAAAUCAUGCCGUUUGGAAAGCUGGGCUACCUUCCGCCCAAUGCUGGCGAGAUGUUUGGAAAGGUUGAAGCAGUCCUGCAUACACGCUUUUCUAAUUUCCAGCCCCGGACACUGCUCAACCUGCUGCACUCCUGCAUCCUGGUGGAGCGGUUCCCUGUAAAUUUUGUUUCCAAAGUUUUUAGCACUUACUUCCUCCAGCAAUUACACGAGCAAGGCACUGGAAUUGACCGGUUUAUUUUGGCACAGCUGACGCAACUCUACAUGACUGUGAAGCUGGAAUGUCCUUCUUAUGAGGGUCCCAGGCUUCUUCCUAAGUACCUGGUAAAAUCUUUCCUCGUGGCUGGACGCUCCCUUGAGACCCCAGUGGAUGGGCAUUUCUACAACAGUGUGAAAACUGCACUGGUGGAUCUACUGGGGGAUCGUUCAUACUUUGCAUCCAAAGUUCUCACCCCAUACUGCUACACAUUAGAUGUGGAAAUAAAACUUGAUGAAGAGGGUUAUGUUUUGCCAGCCACCCGUAAUGAUGAGGUGCACAAGAGGAUAGCACUUUGCAUUGAUGGACACAAGAGGUUCACCACAAACACCAGACGGCUGCUCGGGAAAGAAGCCAUAAAGCAGCGACAUUUAAGGCUUCUGGGAUAUGAAGUUGUUCAGAUUCCUUUCUAUGAAUUUGAGAAACUGAAAGACAAGACCGAUAUCAUGGACUAUCUGCACAAAAAGGUUUUCCCUCACAGUUACAGGCUGAGCUGGUGACAGGAGAAAGGGUUCUGGCAUCAUUUACAAGGAG